AUGCAAACUCCUAGCCCCUGGCUUGAGGAAUACCCAGCGCUUUCAGACGAGAUCGUUCGUGAGCCUUGCGAUUACGUCAAGGGGUUACCGUCUAAGAAGACAUUGAGCCUUCUUAUUGAUGGACUCAAUAUCUGGUACAAUGCCCCUUCACCACAAGUCGACAUUAUCAAGUCAAUAUGCGAAAUGUUGCAUAGGGUAUCUUUGGUAAUCGAUGAUAUGCAAGACAAUUCCGAUUUACGCCGUGGAGAGCCAGCUGCCCACAUGGUGUUCGGCGUACCACAAACAAUGAACUCGGCAACCUACUUGCUGAUAAAAUGUGUCGAGGAAGCCGCUAGGCUUUCCCCAUCUGCGAUCACAGUUAUUACCCAGGGUGUCAGUAAGAUUCACAUAGGGCAAGGAUACGAUCUCCAUUGGACUUUCCAUGGAGAGAUCCCAUCCGAGAGGGAAUAUAUUAGAAUGAUCGAUGGGAAAACCGGAGGAUUUUUUCCAAUUGCUGCUCGCCUGCUAAGGGAUGAGGCUACUCAGAACAAAGACCUUUACGUCGAGGAUCUUCUCCUAAUCAUCGGGCGAUUCUACCAAAUCCGCGAUGAUUACAUGAACCUCACUUCCCAAGAGUACACAAACUCAAAAGGGCACCUUUCCGAUCUCGAUGAAGGAAAAUAUUCUUUAAUGCUCAUACACGCAUUAAACAAUACUACGGAAGGAACAAAACUGAAAAGCCUCCUUACUAUUCGAUCUCGGCAAGGCAAUCUAUCAGCAGAACAGAAGAAUAUUGUGAUGAAGACUUUGGUGCAGACAAAAAGUAUGGAAUAUGCCUUCAGUGUUCUAGAACAACUACAAAAAGAAAUGAAAAGUCGACUGGUCAGCAUUGAAAAUCAAGUUGGAGAGAGCAAGAUAUUUCAAGCUAUUUUGGAGAAAUUACGAGUGGUCGACGAUAUUACUCCAGAAAUAAUUGACGAUCCCGGCCCCUUCGAACUCCCAAAUAACACCAUUACCACCAUUACCACCACUUCCAAAGGAACUGAUACAAUGUCCUCCUCACCAGUUCACAUUCCGUCUCGCAGUCCUUCUCCUUCAGAUACCGACAGCUACGACCGCCUCUCCGAUAUAAGUCCACAUUCCUCGCCCACGAUGGCGCAUUCCGCGAAGUGGAGCGGUGGGAGCAUCGUAAGCGAUGAUCACUUCACAACAACCAAUUCCAUUCCAGUAGUGGAAAGUCCUGUAUAUAAAACGGAAACAGGAUCAGGAACAAGAUCAAUAAAGCCUGAUAUCAAAAUCGAGCCACCGCCGCGGUUUCCUGUGCUACCGACGGAAGUAAUGAUCGAACCGAAUUCCGCGACGGCACCACAACCCGUCGAAAUGAUGUCUUGGAACAGAAACUCAUUUUCGAAUCCCGCGAUCCAAGAUAAGCUGAGGCAACAAUCUGUUCUAUAUCACCAAAUACAUGAUCUGCUGGCAGAGCGUACGAGAAACAGGAGUGUCGUCGAAGGUAAGAUCAUCGCAGCCACGAAAUGCAAUAGAAUAACGACUGACAGAGAAGCAGGCAACAACCUAAAACUCGCUGGAAAUUUAAACCAAAUAAGGGCGCCUCUAAGCCCUAUCCCAGAACCAACAUAUAAAGUUGAAGGCGUUGACCACGCUAAAAUCCAGGCGCUGAAAAACAAGUACCCGAAUAAGCAGGCACUUCACAAGCACUUGGAUUCCUUCUCUGCCAUUAUGAGUAGAUUCAUGGCGCUAAGUGCGCCCGAUGUCUCGAUCUUGGAUCUUAAGGAUCCGGUUUUCGAUGAAAAGAAGCAGACGGCGGGAAGAGAGACGGAUAAAGCUCGUAGGAGCCCGCGGUCUUCCCCAAGGAUGGAUAGACCUAUAAUAGUCUCAGAUAGCCCAACACUACCGCCGCUUACGAGGCCGAGCUGGCAUUUGGCGGAUAUACCAGAAGAAAAGUUGGUUGAUGGGGUAUAA